CUUCUCCCCCACUCCAUGAACCGCAUCAGCCCCGCUACCAGAGCCGGGGAUCUCUGCUCUGCUCCGUUGCCCCUCCCGAUGUGCCAAAUGGAUCUGAACAGAUGUUUCCAGCUGCUGCUUCUUACCGUCGCCGUGAACUGCAACCCCAGCCCGCUGGCGGACAUUGUUGUGGAUCGCUACGAACUACCCAAGGUUUGCUCCAGAGAAGUUCAAUCAGGAGACUUUAUCCGUUAUCACUUCAACGGGACCUUCUACGACGACGGCAAGAAGUUUGACUCCAGCCACGAGCGAGGCAAAGCCUUCGUCAGCCAGGUGGGCCUGGGCAAACUCAUCACAGGGAUGGACCGAGGCCUGCUGGGCAUGUGCGUCAACGAGCGGCGGAGGAUCACAGUCCCGCCACACCUGGCUUAUGGAAGCGUCGGCACAGGUGGGAUGAUCCCUCCAGACGCCACGCUGGUGUACGACAUUCUCCUGCUGGACAUAUGGAACGCUGAGGACAAGGUCCAGAUCCGCACCAUCAGCAAACCUGGGAGCUGCAGGCGCACUACUGUGGCGUCAGAUUUUAUCCGUUACCACUAUAACGGCACGCUGCUGUCUGGUGAAGCGUUCGAUUCCAGUUACUCAAGAAAUGGAACUUAUGACACCUACUUGGGGCUGGGCGACCUCAUUAAAGGCAUGGAUGAGGGUCUCGUGGGCAUGUGUGUUGGGGAGAAACGGAUCAUCAUUGUCCCACCCUUUCUGGCUUACGGAGAGACCGGCCAUGGAACCAAGAUCCCCCCACAGGCAACACUUGUGUUUGAGGUUCUGUUAGUUGACUUAUUUAAUCCUAAGGAUGAAGUGACAGCAAAGGUGAAGGAGAUGCCUAAGAACUGCACACGCAAGACAGUCAUUGGGGACUAUAUCCGCUACCACUACAACGGCACCUUCCAGGACGGCACGUUCUUUGACUCGAGCUACCAGCGAAACAGCACCUACAACACAUACAUCGGGAUGGGGUAUGUGAUCCACGGCAUGGAUAAAGCUCUGCAGGGCCUGUGCAUCGGCGAAAAACGGAGAAUUACAAUUCCUCCUCACAUGGCGUACGGCGAAAAAGGAUCUGGAAACCUCAUUCCUGGCUCCGCCGUGCUGAUCUUUGAUAUCCACGUCAUCGACUUCCACAACCCCAAAGAUCCGGUUGAGAUCAGGGUCACCCACAAGCCUCAGGAAUGCAACAUGACCAGCGAAGUCAACGAUUUAAUCGACUAUCGCUACAACUGCUCCCUGAUGGAUGGCACACUCCUGUACUCCUCGGACCAUUACGACUCCCCUUCAGUCACAACGUUGGGAGCCGGAAAGGUGAUCAUGGGUCUGGAGGAAGGUUUAAAGGGCAUGUGCGUGGGUGAGAGGAGAGAGGUGGUCAUCCCUCCACACUGGGCUCAUGGUGAAGAUGGAGCUGUGGGAGUUCCUGGAAGCGCGGUGCUCCUUUUUGAACUAGAGCUAGUGCAACUGCAGAAAGGGGUGCCAGAAGGCUUCAUGUUCGUCUGGCUUGGAGACAUCCCUGAUCCCCUCUUCAACGCUCUGGACCUCAACGGGGACAAAGAGGUCCCUCUAGCGGAGUUUUCAGAGUUCAUCAGGCUGCAGGUCAAAGAGGGCAAAGGACGACUUCAGCCCGGUGUCGACGUCGACAGCAUCAUUAAAAACAUGUUUGAUAAUCAGGACCAGAACAAAGAUGGGAAAAUCGUGGAAGACGAACUGACAGUUAAGGACGAGUCUGAAAAAGUGAGGCGGGAUGAGCUAUGAACAGCAAAGGAGGCGAGCGGACAGAAACUGGUAACACUGCCAUCUUGGCGACCCAGUUCAAAACAUUUUGCUGCUCAAAUUCAAACCAAUCCUUAAACAUAUGCAACUAAAUGGGUCAUUUGGUAUCAUUCCCUUUAUUUGUAACAUUAUUUUAGUUUGAUACCAUCAAAAUGACCCCUACCCCCAAAGAAAAACAUUUUUAAUUGCCAUAAAAAUCGAUCUUUUUAAGUUGAUAGCUAAAAAUGCCUGUUUAUUUUAUAUUUUAAGUGUAUGCUCCACCUCUGAAAUUACUUGUGAUGUGAGAAUAAUUAAGAACUACUGGUCUAUUGUGGUGAAACCAUUUUGUAAGAUAAAAAAAAAUAAACUUUUGUAACAUAA